UACUUGUUCCGGGAUUAGUUUAAAUGGUAGUUGGUGGGAGAAACCAUGAGAACUUUAGUUGAGAAUUAGAAGUUAAUCAAACAACUGUUGGCCGUUCAUCAUCUUAAGAGAUAGAUGUAGGUCAGAAACAGAAAUAUGAAUCUUCCACUGAAGUGGACUGUUUUUUCCUUGCUGUUCGCACAUGAAGAACAAUAUACAAAUACUGUCUUCUUUAUAGCUAGUGUCUAACAGCGCCUAUUUUUUUUCCUUGUAUACUAAAAUUAUUUUUGUACAUACAUUAAUGACGUUAUUACUCUCAGUUAUUAAGGUAUUGACUGCUGUUACACAUUUUGACCACCUUUCAACAUAUCUAUGUAUGAAGAGGACAUUGUUUUGAAACCAUGAUUCCUGCAAAUAUAACUAGUCUUGUGGUUGUACUAAAAUUACUAAAUCCCCAAAGUUCUUCAUCAGUUUUAUUUAUUCCAUUAAUCUGGUAAUAGAAAAAAAAAAUAUUAGAUACAAUGCAAGAAAGUUCUGACUUUGAAAAUAUAUUCACUGCUGUAAUUACAAUUUUCUUGUUAAUUUAUAUUUAAAAGUUUUUCAUGAUACCUGGAAAUUAAAAAUUUCAUCAGUUGUAGUAAUAAUAUCGAUUAUAAUAGAAAUAUAUUCAUUUACUAGUAAAAAAAUAAAGUUUAUUACUUUCAUUUGAAAUGACUGAAGAAUAAUGGUAUGACAUGGCUUCAGAUGAACCAGUUUCAUCAAAACGAAGAGCAGGUAGGGGCUCUUCUUAUAUGAUACCUUUGGACACAUCUCCUCCCAGGACAAAGAAAUCUGCUGACUAUGGCCAGAAACCAUUUCUGAAUGAAAAGGUUUCUAAUAACAUAUGUGAUGAUGAGAGUGAUGCAUGUAGACAUCUUAAUGAACCAGAUGAUACGGGUGGAGAGAGAGACUAUUUUCAGACCCGAGAAAACUUUCAACGAACUAGUUUGAGGUAUCUUGAAAUGCAUCGGUCGAGUACAGAAAAGUUUCUAGCUCGACGCAGAGCAACUUGCCAAAUGAAUCAACCACCUACUGAGAAACCGAUUUCCAAUCAAACAGCUAAAGUGAAAAAUGAGGGCAAGGCUCAGCAGUUAAGUCGGGCUGGUCUGUAUCGGAGCAAUAGUAAUUUAGAGAUGGAUUGUGUAGAAUAUUCUGAUGAAGAUGUAUCUAAAACUGUUGUUUCUUCUCGUAGAGAAUAUGGAAGUACAUCUUCACUUGAUACUAUUCCAACAAACCAUGAAGGUUUCUUUGAUAUGGUAAGAGAUUAUAAACUUAGGAAUGCAGACCAAAGAAGUCCUGCUCCUCCAAAGUUUCAUGAAGUCUUACGAGGGAAGGCAAUGCCUGAAAAGCUGACUCCAAGCAGCCACAGUGUUAUAAAAUCAGAAUGUCUUUCUUCUGAAAAAGAUUCUGAAAGCACUCAAAGUCCAAAAUUGAAAACAAAAUUUAAGCACAAAGAUCGCAAAGUACGUGCAAAGUCGAUCACUGGAGAAGCUGGGUCAGGAAUAUUCCGAAAGUUAAGAGGUGCAAAAGCUGAUGGAUCAGAUAUGGGAAUGAAAACUUCUGAUGUAUCAGAUGGCUUUGAUAGUCGGAACGAGGAGAGAAUAAUGCGUAAAGCAUUUGUUCAUUUUGAUUGUCAAAGCAUUGGCAUUAAUGUCUAUGAUUUGAUAGAUAAGCGAAAUAACGCUACAGAGAGGAAAAAUACUACAACUGGGGCAUCUGCUGCAUCUGUUAAUCGUAACAGUUACACAGGAGACAAAGAUAACACUGAACUGUGUUCUGAACAGGACGAAGGAGACAACAAAAGCAAUAAUUUAGUGUUGAGUUGUCCAUUUUUUCGAAAUGAGUUGGGUGGUGAGGAAUGUCGUAACAUUAGCUUAUGUAAAGUCACAGCACAGAAACGAAACAAGCUACCUUCCAACAAAGAGAUAGAACAUGGUGUUAUUUAUCGGAAUUCUAUUUGUACAGGAAUCUCAGUCUUAGACUCCUCUUUGAACUCAUCUGGUCAGUCAUUGCCAUCAUUUGUAAAACACAAAGACUUCAUUAUUGAAUAUGUGGAUUAUGGUGCUUACUAUUACAGACACUUUUUUAAUGGAACUGAUCAUCAAAAUUAUUUUGGUAUUGAUGAAAAUCUUGGACCCACUGCUAUCAGUAUUAAAAGAGAAAAAACUGAUGGUCGCGAAAAUAAUAAUGGUAAAGCUGAUUACGGUCAGUUUCAGUUCCGUGUCAUCUUCAGAACAAGUGAGCUCGCAACACUGCGUGGUUCCAUCUUGGAAGAUGCUAUACCAUCAUCUAGUCGUUUAAGUAGUUCCAGAGGAGUUCCUUAUAAAGAUGUGUUGGAAUAUAUACUGCCAGAAGUUAAUCUUUCUUGUUUAAAACAAGCCAUUCCUGGUCAAAAGACUGCUGAACAACUGCUCAAGCUGGAUGAGCAAAGAAUUACAAAAUCAUAUAAAGUUGGCAUUAUGUACUGCAAAGCUGAUCAAUCCACUGAAGAAGAAAUGUAUAAUAAUGAGAAUCACGGACCAGUCUUUGAAGAAUUCUUAGAAUGCAUUGGCACCCGGGUACGAUUAAAAGGUUUUGAUAAAUAUCGUGGCCAACUUGACAAUAAAAUGGAUUCAACAGGAACUCAUUCUAUUUAUGCAACUUUCAAUGACUAUGAAAUUAUGUUUCAUGUCUCCACAUUGCUUCCAUUCACACCAAGUAAUAGACAACAGCUUCUCCGCAAGCGCCACAUAGGAAACGAUAUUGUCAGUAUUGUAUUUCAAGAACCAGGAGCUUUGCCAUUUACACCAAAGUCUGUCCGAUCUCAUUUCCAGCAUGUUUUUAUCAUUGUACAAGCUCAUAACCCAAAUACUCCUCAAGUUUCAUACAGUGUUGCUGUCAGUCGAUGUAAAGAUGUCCCACCAUUUGGCCCAUCAAUUCCCGAAAAACCAUUUGCAAAAGGACCAGAAUUUACAGACUUUUUGUUUGCCAAAGUGAUUAAUGGUGAAAAUGCUGCUCAUAAGUCUGAGAAAUUUAAAGCAAUGGCAGGUCGAACACAUCAGGAAUAUCUCAGAGAUUUAGCUCUGAAUUAUGUGACCACAACAGCUUUAGAUUCAAGUUCUAAACUUAGUAAAUUUGCUCUUGGAAGUGGCCGAAAAAAGGAACGUAGCAAGCAGAAAGUGGUUCCUGAUUUGUAUGCUAAAGGAGCAACUGUCUUCCCUGUUAAGGUUGAAGAUUUUGGUCUUGCCAAUAGAAUUGAUUGUAUUUUUGGAAUUGCUGCAGAAAAUAUUGUUCUUAUUGAAGAAGGUACCAAAGAUGUGAUAUUUAGUGUUCCUUGUACAAAAGUUCUUGGCUGGACAGCAUUUACUACUAGUCUAAAACUGUAUCACAGUCAAGGGGAAUGUGUUGAAAUUAUGCCAUCCAGUGGAGAAUCUGAUGAAGUUCUUGAAAUUGUCAGCUGUUUAGGUGCUGUAACGUUAGGUUGUCAAACACAAGAAAUGACACUGAAGCGAAAUGGUCUGGGACAACUUGGUUUUCAUAUACAAGCUGAAGGAAUUGUAACUGAUGUUGAACAUUAUGGUUUUGCUUGGGAUGCUGGAAUCAGGAAAGGAACGCGACUAGUUGAAAUUUGCAAAAUAGCUACAAUAACUAUGACCCAUGAGCAAAUAGUAGAUUUACUGCGUACAUCAUCAACAGUUAAAGUAGUAGCUAUACCACCUGAUGCGAAUGGCAAUCCAAGAUCUGAUGUGAAGUCUUCACCUAGUCAGAUUAGAACACCUGAAAAGUGUGAAGCUGGUCCUACAGAAAUAUCUGGAGAGAUGACAUCAUCUGUGAAAUUGACUGAAAAUAAGGAAAAUCGUUGGUCUAAAGACAGUUUAGAGCAUAACCAACACUUGAAGGAUGGAGUCCAUUCACGAAGCAGUUCCCAAGACAGUGGGGAUCGGUCGCUUUCAGGUAGCAAAGAAAAAUCAAAUGCCUCCAAUACUACAAACCAAAGAUCUCAUAUGCCGAUAAGCAAACUGGUACAACAUUUUGAAAGUAAUUGCAAAGAAGAUACAACUGUAAUUAGCAGCAGUGGUGGAAGCUAUUCUAGCCCAUCUGAGAAAGAUAAAUUAUCAAGUCACAGUCUUUCAGCCAGUUCCAACUCCCCAGUAUCGGUAAAGUCGGUGGCUGUCGGUAACAGCAACAGUAUGCAAGCUAUAGAAAAGCAACAUCCAUAUGUCAGCAGCACUAUCAGUGAUUAUGUGUCGCCAGGUACACCACAGUCAGGAAAUAUAUCGCUGGAACUAAUGAAGCAGAACCAAAAUACUAAAUAUUUAUUACGACAACAACGGAAGAACAGCGCUCCAGAGCGUAUAAUCAGCAGUGCCACCAAUUUUGGUCAGGGUAUUGAUGUUUGCUUCACAAAUAGUUCGUCUCAUGGCUAUAAAUCUUCAGAAAAUUUCAUGCAGCUGUCUUGCCAAGAAGAGAUGUUAUCUGGCAUUGGUAGUACUUCUCGAAAGAAAAUGGAGCAUCUAAUUAGUAAUAGCAAGGGCCGGCCAGAAGGUCUUUAUAAAAGGAGUCACUUUGACACUUCACCUGCUAGUAGCAGUUGUAGUAGCAGUCCAAGGUCAUCUAGCAAAAAUUUAUCAGGAAGAUCUUCAGAAGAAUCUUUGAGCUCCAAGAACCGUGUAGGUAAUGUUGGAAUUCCUGCUGUUCCCCACACCAGUUCCUCAAUGCAUGCUGCUAUUUCUAAUAGUGCAGUGACCAGGACUCCUCACCAUUCUAACACAAAGCAUGCAGUAAAUACCAGUAAUUUACAAGAAGAUUUAUUACGACUCUUCAAUAAUAUUAGCACCACCAAUCCACCUGAAGAUUUAGAUAAGUCUCCUGAAGGACUUUAUGUGCAAGCAGUGAGCACUCCUUUACAGCGAGCCACUUCUGAAGAAAGUCUUAACAGUAACAAAAGUUCCGCAGUCCUGAAUAUAAAUGUGGAAGAUCAUGCUGCUACUGACCUUCGGUUUGGCAAAAAUGCACCUGUCAGGAAACAAGUUGCAAUGAUCAAAUCAGAAAAAGAUCCUAGGGAUAGACUCUCUCCAAGUGUGCGAAGUGAUAAACCCUUAGUAUCUCCUCCAACCAGGCGAAAAUAUUCAACCCCAUCACCUAACUCCCGAAUUCCGUUAGUGGGGUCCACUGCUUCAUUAGAAUGGUCAAACCUUGUAAAUGUUGCAACAAAGGCAAUAGAAAGUACACAAAUGAAGAAUCAAAAACAGUCAAGUGAACAAGUAUUACAAGCAAAAGAGAAAAAUGAGCUCUUAACUCUUCAGAAUAAAGACAAAAGUAUGUCAAGAACAGUUGUAUCAAAUCCACAACAAAUAAUCAAAGAACUGGAACAAAAAGUACAGCAAACCUGUAAUGAUUUAGAUAAGGAAAAACAAAAGAAUUCUCAGUAUGAAUCUGAAAUAACCAAGUUACGAGCUGAAAAUCAACGACUCCAAGAUGAAUCUCAAACAGCUGCUACAGAGUUAAGAAGAUUUACAGAAUGGUUCUUCAACAUUGUUGAUAAGAAUUGCUUGCAACAAUCACCGACAGGACUUUCACAAUUUAUGCAAGCUGGUUUCUCAGAAAAGAAUAUAGAUCGACCAUUAUAAAGCUUUACAUAUGUUUAUUUAUCUCACAAUAAAACUAAUGAAAGUAUAUAUUUGUGUAUAUGUGUAUAUAAUAUAAAUGUAUGUGUAAAUGUGUAUGUCAGUGUGUGUGUACACACACACACACACAUGUAUAUAUAUGACUUGUGUAUGUAUAUUCAUCACAGUAUGCUUCUGUGUAUGUGUGCAUGUGUAAAUAUAUAUAUAUAUAUAUAUAUUUACACAUGCACACACAUCACAGUAUGUUUUUGUGUGUGUAUUACUGUAUAGUAUAUUUUCAUUUUUCUACCCUAUCUCUUUUUAAUUGGGGUUAACUUUUAGGGACAGUCAGACAGACACAGGGUGUGUGUGUGUUUGAAUGGAUGAUGGGUAUUUGUUUUGUUGGCAGUAAUAUAGGAGUUACAGAUAGAUGGUGUUGAAGUUAGAUAAUGCAUGCCAACCAGUGUGCUGAAUCACCACCUGCCAUUGAAGCCCUACAGUUGAGCAGGGAUUUCAGCUCUACUAUGCAAUGCUACCCAAUUGAAUGUUGAUACCGAUUGGUGGUUAAUUAAAGUGGUACUGGUACUCAAUUUGCGUACUAGUUUUUUGUUUUAUCAAACCUGGAAGGAUGAACAGCAAAAUUAACAAUGAUAGGAUUUAAACUCAAAAUGUAGAGGACUAAAUAAAUUUUGCAAUAAUACUCUAAUGCUGUAACAAUACUGCUGGUUUACUGCUCUACUGUGUGCGAGCAUGUGUGAAUGAGUGAUGAGAGAGAAAGAAAGGCUUUUAUAUUUGCUUAUAUAUAAACUCUGUAUAUGUGUAUAUCUCCCUCUGUGUGUGUGUUUAUAUCAACAUAUAUAAUGAAUAUAUACGUAGAUAUUUUCACAUCCUCCUUUUUUCUGGGUUAAGAUGUCUGUUGGGGGGGGAAAAAAAGUGAAGACAGCAGAAUUUUAUAUGUCCUCUAUGUUUGAGUGACUGGCUGCAACUGAUGGUGAGUGAAGAACUGUGCAAAAUUGCAUGUGUAGACAGGAAGUAGUAGGAAAGAGAAAUUAAGUAUGGGAGAUAAAAAGAGGAAGAGAGGCAAGUAAGGGGAAAGGAAAAUUGAAGUGAGAGGGGAGUUGAAGAAUGAGAAUGGGAUUGUUGAACUGACAGGAAGUGUAGGAGUAGAUGGAACAAUGCCCAUAUAAAUCUAUCUGUCAUGGUUCUGAGUUUGAAUACAAAAUUCUAUUUUCUUGAGUGUGCAAAUCCCUGAUGUGCAGAAAUUCCACACACUGAUAAGUGGGGUAAUUGAAUGGCCUGCUGAGUCGGAGUAGGAACCAGUUCGUCUGGCUUACAUGGAGAGUGCUUCAGAUGUACUCACAAAAGUGAUCAGCAAGGUGAUAGCUUGUUUUCCCCACUGUAAAUUGUGCAGCAAAGUUUGCGCAUAAUGCAAUAUUCAUAUAGUUAUGUGCAAACUUUGCAGCAGUCAGAAGAUGCACAAGUUCUGAGUAAUGUGUUUGACCCAAUGAUGGUUGUAAUGUUGUUAGUGUAGGGACAGGUGUUUCCUCAUGGUGAGCACAUUUAUAUGUGCUUGGUUGUGUAUUACUGGGAAUUUGCUGAAGUUCCUAUCCUUUUUGAAAGGUUAGGAGAGAUGGUGCAAGCCAGAUGGGAGUGGUUCUGGGAUCAGAGAAUAAAAUCUGAAAGUUGAGAAUGAGUUUGUGUUUCAAUGGAGAUUGAGAGAGUAGAAUCCAGUCUUGAGGUGUGCAUAAAGAGGGAAGAAGGGCAGGGACAUAGUUGAUUCCCCAGGAGCUGGCAUAAUGCAAGGUCCACAAGUGACCAAAGUUACCCAUGAUUCACAUUGGGGUUUGAUAUCCAAAUCAAUUGAGAGUAUGGUUUAACAGAUUUAGUGUGCUUGGGAUGAGAAGUGUUGUGGAGAUGGAAGUGAGAUUCUGUAGGUCUGCAGUGGGCAGGUGGAUAUUGUUGAUAGUGAUUGAGAUAUUGAGAAAACUGAGGUGUUGGAUACAGUGGAGGUAAAUUCCAAGCCAGGCUAACCUGUCUCCACCCACUCUAACAAAACAAGAUUCUAUUUUCCAUUUAUAGUCUGCACCAUUUCUGUACAUCAUAGAUUUGUGCACUCAAGGAAACGGAAAGAGUAGCAUUUUAUAUUGUAACUUGGAACCAUGGCAAUGCUGGAUUUAAAUAAAGGUUUUAAGUUCUACUCUUACAUUCCCACUUAAUUCAGUAGUACCAUUUUUAUUCUUUGGCUUCCCCCUCAUAUACAUUUCCCCUCCACUUCACUCUCAUCACUUACUCUUUUACUUGUUUCAGUCUUUUGACUGUGGCCAUGCUGGAGCACCACCUUCUUAUCCUUUUACAUUUCUCUUUCCUUUAACUUCUCUUGUCUGCUACUUCCUACCAAUGUAUGCAAGAGCAAGACCAAGUUGUCUUGCAGCCAGUUCCUCAAACAUAGAGGGUGUAAACUUUUGCUGAAUCUUUUAUUUCCCUCAUGUAUUCUUGACCUUGAAGAAAGAUUCUGUCCAAAACAUUGGUUACUACACUCUCCAGACAGUUUCACUGUGUUCUUUGUUGCUUUUGCCAAAUAAUUCUAAAUAUAUAUGAAGGCAUAUGUGUGUGUGUGUGUGUAUGCAUGUGUGUUUAUAUAUAUAUAUAAUGUAAUAUAUGUGGUAAGGUUUCAACAAGUAAAAUAGCACUUAGCUAAGAUAGUAAAGAUAUAAUAAAAACCACAAGUCUUGUGAAAUAUAACAGCCCAAGGGUUUCCUGAUCAAGACAGUAAUUUAGUUUACCAUUUAUCAAGCUGGUAAAAGCAAAACAGUUUAUUUACUUAUCCAUCUUGUUGAAAUGGUGAGACAAAUAUUUCAGCCACCCAUAAAACCUCACGUAGCUGUAUUUCACAAGGCUUUUUGUGUUUUUUCUGUUAUAUAUAAUAGUUUAAAUGGGGUAAAAAGAUGUCAAAUGAUUGUUUCCAUGAACAAAUGUCUAUUCCAUACCAAAUAUGUUUAUGGAAUAUUGUUUACAGAAACAAUUUCAACAUUGAUCUGAGUUCUCUUAAAUUUAUUAUAUAGUUAUUAUUAUUAUCGCCUCUGUGAAGCUUAUGUUAUGCCUUCCAGGUCAUAAUUUGGAUUUGUUAUACAUCUAAUUAAUUGAUGUAUAACAUGUUCUUUUGGUUAUUGGAAUACUAUUCUAGCCAGGCUUCUUCAUGAAGUACUGAUGAAGUGAUCGAGAGAAUUAUACUUACCUCUCAAUUAUUUUAUAUAUAUAUAUAUAAAUAUAUAUAUAUAUAUAAUAUGCAUACACACAUACUUGCACAUACACAUUGAAUGGUACUGUCCAGGUGUCGAAACCAUAAUGAUAUCUGUUGGGUAGCUGAUGAUGGAGAUAUGUUGGAUUGUUGGUUUGGCUGUUUUUGUAUAUGUGGAAUAGUGUUGUAACACAUUUAUUUAUAUAUAUAUAUAUAUAUAUAUAUAUAAAUAUAUAUAUAUAUAUAAAUAAUAGUUUGUAAAAAGAACUUUAUCAAAGUUUACCAUUCCCAAACAGGCCAAUCACUAAUUCAUGCUGACCAGAGUGACAAGGGAGUGUCAGUCUUCGUACUACUCAACAACUAUCUAAAGAGGCUUCAUUAGUAAACUGCUGGUGUUUGGCAUCAUCAUUGUAGAUAUUAGCCAAUAUACAUCAGUGGAAACUUUGCAUAGCAUGCAUACAUGUAAUGCAGUGGUUUUCUGUUGAUUAUCUACCAAAUUCUGUGUGUUUGUUUAUACAUAUGUGCAUACAUGUAGUUGUAUUUACAAACCUAUCUUGGGUAUAUUCAUGUUUUAAGGAGAUGUGCAUGCAUGCGCACACAUACAAUCAUGUAUAUGUACAUAUAUAUUAUAUGUAUCUACAUGCAUAUGUUUAUAUCAACAUAUAUAUACAUGGAUCA